ACCCCGCUACGAGGCGUAUAUAUAAUCCGACGGCGAGGGACUUCGGCCAUCAGUCGCUUCGACAACUCGCCAAGACAACGCACAGCCAGUGUGACCAAGCACCAGAGCCAGUAAAGUCAUGAAGGUAUUCCUGUGUCUCGCCCUCUUCGCGGCAGCGGCGUUCGCCGAGCCGCCCUCGUACCGCCAGAAUCAGCAGCAGCGUUACUUCUUCGCUCGGCAGCAGGAGGAGACCACCGCCGCCUCUGGACCCUAUGCCCCGAGCGGUUGGAGGCCCGAAGGUCCAGCCUUCAACCUUCCCCAGCGUAACCAGAAGCAGGAGCAGCAGCCCCAGGUGAGCAAUGCCUAUGGUCCGCCCCAGGAGCCUCAGCAGCAGUACGGACCACCGCCCCAGCAGCAGUACGGUCCUCCCCAGCAGCCCAGCGAGGGCCAGGGACCGUCGCCCCGUCAACGCACCCCGUCGACCCAACAACCCCAGAGGUUCGCCAAGCAGCAGCAGCAGUUCAGGGGACAAUUCGCCAGACAGCAGCAGCAGCAGCCACCUCAGCAACAGUACGGCGCCCCUAACCCCCAGACCCAGUACGGUGCCCCCAACCCCCAGACCGAGUACGGCGCGCCCAACCAGCAGACCCCCGACUACACCACCACCGAGGCCGCCGUCACCGAGAUCGACGAGCCCGUCACCGUUGGAGAACUCGAGGGAUCGGAGUCGGAGCAGACCGGCGGCUCGAACGAGCUGGAAGGCGAGGACGGCGACAUCGAGGCCGGCCAGCCCCGCGACUCCGAGAACCAGCAACGCGGGGAGUACUACGUGGCGCUUCCUAACGGACGACUCCAGCGCGUCCGUUACGUGAGCCGCCAGGACCUCGAGGCCAUGCGUUACUUCGCCAAGAUCCGCGCCGAGAACGUCGAGCCGCUCCGCGGACCCAUCUACGCCUACUCGCCACUCCAGAAGCUCCAGGUCGCUCCCGGUCAGCUCCAGGUCGCCGUCGCCCCGGCAGCCGUUGUGCCCGCGGCUCCCGCCACCCUGACCGUCACCGCCAGCGAGGCCAAGCCCCAAAAACUCGUCCAGCGUCAACCCAAGGUCGACAUCAAGCCCCUGGCUCAGGUGCAGAUCCAGCAUGACAACCCCGCUCAGGUCGUACCGCUCAGCUCGAGCUACACGACCUACACGGCGAACUACCAGGUGCCGGCUGCUCCCACCGAGGAUAGAUUCAUCCUCGCUUUCCCUUGAAUGUUCGAUGUCGUGUGAAAGACUGCGCGCUGUGAAUUUAUCUCUGUUGUAAAUGUUGUACAUGUUUAACUCCUAGGUUUAGUAUAAUAAAAACAAAAACGAAUUCCAAAA